AUGUCGCUCCACACGGCAGACGAGAAGAACGACCUCAGCAAUGCUGAGAAGGGAGGUAUUCAGGAUGUUACCCAGACUGGAUCCAAUGUAGACGGUAUGGUGGUGGGCGGAGAUGAACAACUUCACCGUGGAAUGAAGAGUCGGCAUAUUCAGUUCAUGGCUUUGGGCGGAGCUAUCGGUACUGGUCUUUUCGUCGGUUCAGGUGCCAUUCUGUCAUUGGUUGGCCCGCUUCCCCUCUGGCUUGGCUAUCUCAGCAUGAUGUCGGUCGUCUACUUUGUCAUGAACGACCUCGGUGAAAUGGUUACCUACCUGCCACUCAAGGGUAUCUCCAUCCCGUACCUCGUCUCCCGAUUUCUCGACCCUUCUUUAGCCUUUGCCGCUGGCUGGAAUUACUUCUACGCAUACGGAAUGCUUGUGGCAGCCGAGGCCACAGCCGCAGCUAUUUUGUUGGAUUAUUGGAAGUCGAUAACACCACUUUGGAUUACCCUCAUCUUGUUGGUCAUUUUGAUCCUCAACAUCAUCGCUGUCGAGGUAUUUGGUGAAGCCGAGUUUUGGUUUGCGAGUAUCAAGCUCAUCACCAUCGCCGGUCUCAUCAUUCUCGGCAUUGUCCUCAUGUGCGGCGGCGGUCCUAGUCAUGAUGCCCUCGGCUUCCGCUAUUGGUAUCCAGAUUCGCCAGGAGCCAUCAACGAAUACAUGACCACGGGAGCCACAGGGCGCUUCCUUGCCUACUGGGCUGCUUUCAUCAAGGCUGGAUUCGCCUUCAUCACCAGCCCCGAGCUGAUCGCCGUCGCCGCCGGUGAGACCGUGGCACCCCGACGCAACAUCCCCAAGGCUGCCAAGCGAUUCAUCUGGCGUCUGGGUAUCUUCUACGGUGUUUCUACCCUCAUCCUUGGCGCCAUUGUCCCGAGCACCGACCCCCGGCUCCUGUCUGGCUCCAGCGAUGCGUCGGCCAGCCCUUGGGUUAUUGCCAUUCAGAAUGCGGGCAUCGGCGGCCUGAACCACGUCAUCAACUUUGCCAUUCUCACCUCUGCUUGGUCUGCCGGCAAUGCUUUCCUGUACUCGGGCAGCCGUAUCCUCUACAGCAUGUCCUUGACGGGCCAAGCCCCCAAAUUUUUCAGCCACACCACCAAGAAGGGUGUCCCCUAUCUUGCCGUCCUCGCUACAUGGGCUUUUGGCCUUCUCGCAUACCUCAAUGUCAGCAACAGCGGAGCCGUCGUGUUCAACUGGUUCAGCAACAUUUCGACCAUUAGUGGAUUCAUUGCCUGGAUUGUCUGCCUGGUCACUUAUCUCAGAUUCCGUGCGGCCAUGAACUUCCGGGGACUGCUUCCGAGCCUGCCCUUCAAGACGCCACUGCAACCUUAUGGAACAUACUAUGCCUUAUUUGUUGUCUCCCUGCUGACCAUUACCAAUGGCUUUGCGGUCUUCUUUCCGUCAAACUGGAGCGUGUCGGAUUUCUUGGCUGCGUAUAUUACUCUGCCCAUCUUCCUUAUUCUGUACUUGGGCCACAAGAUUUAUUUCCGAACUAGAUUUUACAUCAAGAAGGAGGACAUUGAUGUGGACACUGGCGUCAAGGAGAUGGAUGAGUUGGCAGCCUUGGAUGUACCGCCAGUACCAAAGAACUGGGUACAGAGAGUUUGGUUCUGGCUUGCUUAG